CCUCCCCCCCGCCCCUCGUGAAAGCCGAUCGAGGGCGGCCGGGCGGCCAUUUUAUUCUCUGGACCCUGGGUCGCUGGAAUUGGCGGCGGCGGCCGUGUGGCUGGCGGGACCCUGGGAGCCGCCGCAGCGCUGGCCGCUUUUUAAAGGGUUUUAAUCUGUCAGGGGGCCGCUGCUCGGCCCUGUUUUAACCCGCCAUGUCCGCAGAGGGAGCCGCUGGCGACCAGGCUGCUGAAUAUGUUCCAGAAAAAGUGAAGAAGGCUGAAAAGAAAUUAGAAGAGAAUCCAUAUGACCUUGACGCUUGGAGCAUUCUCAUUCGAGAGGCACAGAAUCAGCCUAUAGACAAAGCACGGAAGACCUAUGAACGCCUUGUUGCCCAGUUCCCCAGUUCUGGCAGAUUCUGGAAACUGUACAUUGAAGCAGAGAUUAAAGCAAAAAAUUACGACAAAGUAGAAAAGUUGUUUCAGAGAUGCCUUAUGAAAGUGCUACACAUCGAUUUAUGGAAGUGUUACCUUUCAUAUGUACGUGAAACCAAGGGAAAGCUACCCAGUUACAAAGAAAAAAUGGCUCAGGCAUAUGACUUCGCUUUGGAUAAGAUUGGCAUGGAAAUCAUGUCAUACCAGAUCUGGGUGGAUUACAUCAAUUUUUUGAAAGGCGUAGAGGCAGUUGGAUCUUAUGCAGAAAACCAGAGGAUAACAGCUGUUCGUAGGGUUUACCAGAGAGGUUGCGUGAACCCAAUGAUCAACAUUGAACAACUCUGGAGAGAUUAUAACAAAUAUGAAGAGGGAAUCAAUAUUCACUUAGCUAAAAAAAUGAUUGAAGAUCGGAGUAGAGAUUAUAUGAAUGCUAGACGUGUGGCCAAGGAAUAUGAGACUGUAAUGAAAGGUCUGGAUCGCAAUGCUCCCUCCGUCCCCCCACAGAAUACUCCCCAAGAGGCUCAGCAGGUCGACAUGUGGAAGAAAUAUAUCCAGUGGGAAAAAAGUAAUCCACUGCGCACAGAAGACCAAACUCUCAUAACAAAAAGAGUUAUGUUUGCUUAUGAGCAGUGCCUAUUGGUCCUCGGGCAUCAUCCAGAUAUCUGGUACGAGGCUGCACAGUAUCUUGAGCAAUCCAGUAAGCUGCUAGCUGAGAAAGGGGACAUGAACAAUGCUAAACUAUUCAGUGAUGAGGCUGCUAAUAUUUAUGAAAGAGCGAUCAGCACUUUACUAAAGAAGAACAUGCUUCUGUACUUUGCAUAUGCAGACUAUGAAGAGAGUCGAAUGAAGUAUGAGAAGGUGCACAGCAUAUAUAACCGGCUCUUGGCUAUUGAAGAUAUUGAUCCCACAUUGGUAUAUAUACAAUAUAUGAAAUUUGCAAGACGGGCAGAAGGCAUCAAAUCUGGAAGAAUGAUAUUUAAGAAAGCGAGAGAGGAUGCCCGGACCCGCCAUCAUGUCUAUGUUACGGCAGCUUUGAUGGAGUAUUACUGUAGUAAGGACAAGUCAGUGGCCUUCAAGAUUUUUGAAUUGGGGCUGAAGAAAUAUGGAGACAUUCCAGAAUAUGUACUGGCAUACAUUGACUAUCUGUCUCACCUUAAUGAGGACAAUAAUACAAGAGUUUUGUUUGAACGUGUUUUAACCUCAGGAAGCCUCCCACCAGAGAAAUCUGGAGAAAUCUGGGCCCGAUUUUUAGCUUUUGAAAGUAACAUUGGUGAUCUAGCUAGUAUACUUAAAGUGGAAAAACGGAGGUUUACAGCCUUCAAAGAAGAAUACGAGGGUAAAGAGACAGCUCUGCUGGUAGAUAGGUACAAGUUCAUGGAUUUGUACCCUUGCUCUGCAAGUGAACUUAAAGCUCUUGGUUACAAGGAUGUCUCACGUGCCAAGUUAGCAGCCAUUAUUCCAGACCCUGUGGUGGCUCCUUCUAUAGUGCCUGUUCUAAAAGAUGAAGUGGACAGAAAACCUGAAUACCCAAAACCAGACACACAGCAGAUGAUUCCAUUUCAGCCAAGACAUUUAGCACCUCCAGGUUUGCAUCCUGUGCCAGGCGGUGUAUUUCCAGUCCCACCAGCUGCUGUAGUUUUAAUGAAGCUCCUCCCACCUCCUGUGUGUUUUCAGGGCCCUUUUGUGCAAGUGGAUGAACUCAUGGAGAUUUUUCGAAGAUGCAAAAUGCCAGAAACUGUUGAUGAAGCUGUAAGAAUAAUUACCGGAGGCCUGCCUGAAUUAACUGUGGAAGGCAAUGGACCUGUGGAGAAUAAUACUCUGUUCAAUAAAGCUGUCAAGAGACCAAAUGAAGAUUCUGAUGAUGAAGAGGAGAAGGGAUCAGUGGUUCCUCCUGUACAUGACAUAUACAGAGCAAGACAGCAAAAGAGAAUCCGAUGAAACAGGUUCCAAAUCAGACUGUGAAAGACUUGUAUUAAGAGAUUUUUUUUGCCUCUUAUGUCAAAUGUUUAAAAAGGGACAACCGUUUUUAACAAACAUCUCAACAAUGAGGUUUUGUUACUGUGGUACCUCUUUAUACUGUAUGGUUCUUGAUCAGCGGAGUCUUAGAAAGAGCUCUAAACAAAAUUAGGUUUUCAAAAACAAUAGCACAAAAUGUCUGAAUUGCAUUUUGUUCCUCUUCAAGUGUGUUUACAUCUACCACUUGAAGUCUUGUGGGGCUUUCAACAGUUUUAUUUUAAAAACUGGAUGGC